AUGACAGCUCGGACACAAAGUCAGAAGUAUAACGAGCGCAAGACAGGCGAGAUGCCUCCUCCUCCAGAGAGCCUCUUUCAUGAACUCACGCUGGUGGUCGAAAAUAAUCCAGACAAGGCUCCCAACAUGCCAAACAACCGGGACGACCCUGCGGGCAGUCCAGAGUACCAGGCAGGCUGCCGCCCAGAUCUUCCAAAAGUACCAAAGAUUGGACGCGAUGAUGAUGGCGGUGCUCUGGACGAUUCCAGCGGGCACAAGAAAAUACGUGAUGGGAUACACACCCAGGUAGAUCAGCACCGCGGUGAAAAGAACCUCCCAUCCGCACUUGUGGCUCUGUGGGGCACGUAUAACCUGCCGAGACUGGCUCCGUUCAACCCGAGGAAUGGGACCUGCAGCCAGUACAGGACGAACCAAAACACGUCGGGGAUGCACAGGGAGAGGAUGAGAAAGGUGACGAGUCCGGUAAGGGUGUGGAUCCUGAUGUGGUCUCCCAAGCGGAUCCAGUAA